AUGAAUCCCUCAGGCACGACGAACAAUGGUUCCUCGAGCUCUGGAGGAGGACAAAAUUCUAGUGCCCACAAUGGGCAUGGCAGAUACCGUCAUGACCCCCGGAACUACGCCCCUGUCUACCAACGAGCUGCAAAUGUGCCUAGUCGCGAUGGCAAUACCGCAGUACUCACGGGCAUGAACCAAAAUUAUCAGCCAAGGCGUGGUUCCAAUACUAACACACCAGGCACAAUCAACAACCCGGAGUUUGUCCCCAACUCAUACACCAGUCAAUACAUCCUAGUACCCAACUCUGGUGUCAUUGGAGGGUCUCAGCAGGUUCCCUCUUUCAUUCCUGGCCAGACGGACCAAAUGAACCAAUACCAAUACUUCCCACCCGGAGUUUACCCAGGCAUGGCCUCCACCAUGGUAUCCAAUGGUUACCCAUCCUGGUCUUACAUGGUCAACUAUGACAUGCAAGACAAGCAGAAUCAGACCGACAAUUCGGGCAUGUAUUACCCCAUGAAUUAUGUUCCUGCUGGCCUGGAUGGCGCUGGCACGGCGCCCUACACGUUCGGACCCAUUCUCGGGGCUCUCCCCAUGCCCGGGGCUCUUCCGGCCCUUCAGAUGAUGAAGACGACAAACGGGUAUGUGGUGCAAGACAUGGAGGUUCUUACCCAGCAGGAGCCAGCAAUUCCCCGUGCAGUGCCUGCCAUGUGGACGAAUCCUUCUGAGAUGACGCUCGCAAAAUGCCUCGAGAACCGCGAGGGCAUUACUAAUGUCUACAUCCGGGGAUUUCUUCCCGAGACCACGGAUGAGAUGCUUCACUCAUACGCCGCUCGCUUCGGAGGUAUUGAACGAUGCAAGGCCAUAGUUGACCUGGAGACAAGUCUGUGCAAAGGCUUUGGGUUUGUUCAGUACUACACUUAUGAAGCUUGCGAAAAUGCCGUUCGAGGCUUCUUCUAUCUAGGUUAUCAGGCGAGCUUUGCCCAAAAAUCUCGCAACUCCCGUCUCAAGGACCUGGAGGAUCGCACAUCAACCAACAUCUACUGUACCAACAUUCCGAUCGACUGGACUGAAGCAGACCUACGCCGCCAUUUCGAGCCCUAUCACGUAGUUUCAGAGAAGAUCAGCCGUGAUGAGAAGACAGGUGUGAGCAAGGAAGUGGGCUUUGCUCGCUUCGAGACCCGUGAAAUCGCUGAAACAGUAUUAAACGAGUUCCACAAUGCUCCUUCGGCCGGUGAUGUGAAGUUGCUCUUGCGUUUUGCGGAUACCAAAGCUCAAAAGGUACUGAAGCAGCAAAGUAACGAGCGUCGUGCAUACCGUGCAGGGGAGUACAAUUAUUCUGUCGAGGUAGUGCAGGCAUCUGCAACGCCAUCGCCUACACUGCAACGUUUGCAGCAGCAUGCCAGGCACCUGACUCCUAACUCUGCGGCCAGUUUUGGCUCUCCAGCUGGAACUGGCCCUGAAUGGACCCCGGCUACCUCACUCUCUCCGUAUGUUUCGGCACACUCUCCAAUUAAUUCUCGCACUUUUGUUUACAUCAACAGGUACAUCCCGAAGCAUGUUCCUGGCAACGUGCGACAAGACUCCUUAUCGUCUCGCAGCCUCAAUGCCCUUGAGAAUGCGACUGCCCACCAUCGGCCGAUCUUAGGCCGCCGUUCUUUGACUGACAUUUCUGGGGUUUCCUCAAAGACCGCCAGGGCUCCGUCUGUAGGCCAUGAGCCCCGAUCAUACAUGUCAAGUCCCCGGAAGGAAAACAUCAAAGCCGGCUCCAUGUCCCCAGUUCCAUCGCGCAUGGAAUUCGUCAUUCCUUCCCCCCGUUCCUGCACCUAA